UAUCAUGCAAGAGACUGAGUCAGAUACUUGAAACAGCGAGAAAAAAAAAGAAGAAGAAAAGAGUACUUUAAAAGCAAGGGGCAAUGUCGUCAAUCCAGUCGAGCUCUGUUGGUGCGUUGCGCACCGCGAAUACGUUAGAAAUCCCUGGCCGUUUCGAUUCAGAGAACCUCACUUUCUUUUUCCCUUCUAUUUUUCCCGCCUAUUUUAUUUCUGCAUCUCUUCUCAGAUCACGCAACUCAUCACACCCUCUCCGUUUUGAAAAGCCCUCCAACUUCACUGCGAAAAAUUCAUCAUAAAUCUCGAAAAAAACACACACACACACACACUCUCUCUCUCUACGCCUUUGUGUUUGGGAGAUUCGCUUCAGUUUCUUCAGAAUCGUGAAAAUGGAGUUCCUCGAAGAGCAGCGCCGAAAAUAUUACAAGAUAUAGCUGCUUGAUUUAUUGGUUUACUCUGCUUGGCUGAAGUGUGAUAAUGGAGAUCAGCAGACAACAAAAUUUGCGAGAUGAUCGCGUGAGUGAUGUUCGGAGUUUUGGGAGCAAUUAUCAUCCAUGUAGCCAAUCCAGGAAGAUUUCAAUAGGAGUUAUGGUAGACUCCUCAGUGGAAACAGGACCCAAAACUACAAUGGAAGAUUUGGCUGCUGUGGCAAACGCAGAAAAGUUAACUUUGAGACAAGGAAAAUCCAGGGAAGAUAGAAACAACUGGGAAGAAGUCAGAGCUGCCGUUAUUGGUAGACAAACUGAUGCUCCAGAGCAGGUGACUUCCCCCUGGGUUUCUACUAAAACCUCCUUCCCGGAAAAACCAAACUUGGAGGCAGUUCAUUAUGCAAGACCGACUUCAAAGUUACCAAUCACCAGUGGCAUGCACAACACAUGUGAUGAAGCAAAGGCAGCACCAUCAUCAUAUGCUGUUCAGUUUUUUGCAAACCAGAUGUCUGUUGAUGACAAGCAGAAGAAAUUUAGCAGGGUCACUUACAGAGAGGAGAGAGCAAAGGAUUUAUCUGCAAAGAGGGUGGGGGAAUUUUCAUUUGCAACUGUGCAGGAAGUUUUUGUUCCAGAAAAUGAAGUGGUAGAGGGUAAAACAAGCAGAACAGAAAACAGAAGCAAUGAAUCUUUGAGAAUGAAGCUUUGGGACAUUUUGGGAACUGUUUCUUCACCAAAGAAGCAGUUCUCUAACUCUCAGUCUCCUGAGGUGGGCGCAAUAAACCCAGAGCAGAAUAUAGAUCAAACAAGUAAUCCUGUUGUCAAGCCUGGACAGAACUCGGACACAAUAGAAAGUGAUUCUGAAAAUCCUGAGAAUACUACCAUGAGACCUGUGACUCGUUCUUUGUCCCAGAAGAGAUCUUCAUCUAAAGUGCAACUGAACAAAGCUAAAAAUGUGCCACCCUCUACUUAUAAACAAACACGCCUGGAGAAGAAUGACUUCUCUUUUGAAUCUGGAAGGUCGUUUGUUGAUACCCAUGGUGUUUCUUCAAUGUCUCAGAGAAAAAAGAGUAGGAGAAAGGGUUUUAGUAUUGAGCCACGUAACAUUUUCUUUCAUCAAAAGGAUAAUGCAGAUGACAUUCAGCAAGCAAGCGAUAGGAGUAAAGGAACAAAAUCUGCUGAGAAAACAUCUUCACUUGGAAAUAAAGCAGGAGGUGUGCAAAUUUGUGCUCCUAAGAAAGACAGUGUGUUUGUUGAGCCAAAGCAUGGAAUCCAAACGACUGAUGCCCCUAAAUCACCAAUGGUGAAUAUGACUGAUAACCUAGGUGAUAUCAACAGUCCAAUACUUUCAGGACACCAGGACCAGCAAGAAGACUUCACCUACCCAUCUUUAAAGAACAUUGUGGACCGACAAUCAGAUUUCAAGACCACAACAUUUGAAAUGAGAGCUCCAACUAAAACUUCUUCACCUGGCUCACUGCCAAAAACCAACCAGAGGGAACUGGAUGAUUGCAGUCCUGCAGAGAGGGUAUUUAAUAUGGAAGGCAUUCGUAGCUUCAAUAGUUUCCUGGCUUCAAAACCAGACUACCAUGAAAUAAACGUGGAGACGGGAUCAUCUGAAGAUGCAGGGGAACUUGAAAAUUCUCCUGUCAUGAAACCAGUGCCUACUUUGGGAGAAAAAGAUGCAGAUAACAUGUUGUUCAAAUCACUAUCUGAAGAGAGGGAUUCCGGAAGCCCUGAAGAAGGUUCACCUAUCGAUGAAGGUUAUAACCACAUAGAAGAAAAUGAUGCAGAAAACAUGCUGUCUAAGUCAUCAUUUGAAGAGAGGGAUUCUGAGAGCCAUGAAGAAGGUUCACCAGUUAAUGAAGGUUGCUGGCAAACAGAAAUAUUGCUUCCAGAAUUUGCUACUGCUGAGAAACCAAAGUUCCUUUUUCAUCGAAGCAAAAGGCUCCGCAGCGAAGAAUGCACUAAACCUAAUGACUUUACUCCAACCUUACUCUCUCCAAAAGGUGACAAAAGCAAUGGUUUUAAGGGACUUUCAGAACAGAACCAAGAGGAUGGAUUGGCUAGUGCCAUUGGUCUAUUUGCUAUGGCUUUAGAAAGAGUUAAAUUGAAAAUGAAGUCAGUGACAAGUAAGAAAUCUGCUGAAAUUUUGAUGUCUGUUGCUGAGGGAAUACAUUCGCAGCUUCACAAUGCUGAGUCUCAGAUUCAAACAGAUCUGGGAAAGCUAUCAAGUCUCUGUAAAUCAAAAAGAAAACGUCUAGACACUAGAUUCCAAGAGCAACAAGAACAACUGAGGAUCAUAAACGAAAAGUUCAAAGAAGAGGUUAGUCAGCAUAUCCAGGAUUGCAGGAGCGCAGUUGAAGGGGUGGAAGCACAAAGGAUGGAAUUUAAAGGAACUGUGGACAAGCAAAAAUCAUCACACCUGAAGCUUCUCUUGCAAGCAGAAGAAGCAAUUGAGACGCAACUGAAUGAUGCUCAGAGAAGAGUCAUGGCUGUCCACAAGUUGGCAAGAGAAAAGAUGCUUCAAUUGAAAUAUGUAAUAGCCGAGUGCUUAAAAGAGGGUAUUCUCAGUUGACAUGAUUUCCGCUGUUAUCUAUCAACAAGACGAAGACGCAUGGCCCCAAAUAUGAUACAAGAGUUUUGAAGAUGUUAUCAAUGUUGAGAAGUUAAGUUGUAAUGUAAGUCUUCUCAUCCAUCUUACUGGUGAUGAAAUGAGACUAUGGUAUUUUCCUGGUUUGGAACUCAUUCAACUCUUCCCAAAUUUAUUUCUUAGUUGUAUGGACAACAAAAUGGUCUCUAAAUGGCUUUCGUGCUUUUGGUCCUUGUAGCUUAAUGUAAUGAAUUAUAACAUGACACUGUGAAUUAGAUUUACAGUACAAAAGGAUAUAAUUUUUCCGAAGUACACCAACACCCAAUUGGGGGAUGUAUGUGAAAAUGCUAAAUAGAUAUACUCGUUGUAUCUGGUUUCAUCUCUUCAUUUAGGCAAUAUGUGCAAAUUUGUUAUUCGGAAUUCUCUCCAUUCUGUGUUUUACUGUUGGAACUUUGUGGUUGUUGCGCCAACUCAUGUGAAUUGUUUUCACCUGAAUUUGUUUGCCUGUUCCUCUUUAAAAUUAUUGAGGGAGAAAAAAAUAAAGUUGCUGAAAUAAUUCACUUUCAAUUAUUAGUUGGUUUAGCCAAUUCUCACCAACUGGAAAGCUGAUACUGUAUUUCACUUUCAAUUAUUAGUUGGUUUAGCCAAUUCUCACCAACUGGUAAGCUGAUACUGUGUACAUCAAAUGACAAAGUUACUAGUGAAUAAAAUAUGGUAGGUGCAAAAGGUAAGGUGGAUCAUUGUAAGAAAGAAAAGAUAUUGUGGAAGUGCAAAGUUUGUAAUUAUUUUAUCAUUGUACAUUUAUAUAUAUAUAUAUUGGUCGGUAAGUUUAUGUACUAUCAUUGAAGAAAGAAAUGAUAAAAAAAAAAAAAAAAACAGAAA